UUAGAUAUACACUCUAGCUAGUGUCAGAGUAACAAGAGAGCGAGCAAUGGCGGUCUCAAGGGUGUCACUCCUCAUCCUCAUGGCGUCGGUCUUUUUGGCUUCCAUUGAUGGGGCAAAUGCGCAGGAGGCACACGGCGUCUUAGCGACGUACAACCUGUACAACCCGGAGCGCAUAAACUGGGACAUGCGAACGGCUAGCACAUUCUGUGCAACGUGGAACGCUGACAUGCCGUUGGCCUGGCGGAAGCAUUAUGGCUGGACGGCGUUCUGUGGCCCUGCCGGUGCACAUGGCCAACCCUCCUGUGGCCGCUGCCUCCUGGUGACUAACAUGGCGACAGGGGCGAAAACGGUGGCGAGGGUGGUGGACCAGUGCGACAACGGUGGGCUGGACCUGGACAUCUCCGUGUUCCGCCAACUUGACACCGAUGGAGGUGGCAUGUUCAAUGGACACCUUUCUGUCGACUACGAAUUCGUCGAUUGCCACGACUAGAAAACAACAUAUAUUCUCGGCUGGCAUAAACAUAUGCAUGUAUAAUGCGCAUGUUAUCAACCUUCUGAAUAAAUCUCUUGAGAAACAAA